AUGUGCCCAAGUGACAUCUGCCGAGUGUGGAAGCAGGGUCCCAACGUGCGAAUAGAUGCAAGUCUUAUUGGUUUCAACGGAACCUCCUCUUGGGUCCGUGGAAACAUGUCCUACAUCUUUCGCAUUACCGAGCAAGGUGUGGUGAUGGAUGAAGUGAACCACAGUGACCGCAGCAUUUACCGUCACUCCAUCGGAUCAUUGCUGUCUGCUUCCGUCUCUGCCUCUUCUCCUGCCGCCGCGUCGAGUGCCACUGCAGCUGGAGCUGGUCUUAGUACAGGUGCUGGGGCCGGUGCUGGAGUUGAUUCGCUGCUGCACACGCCUUCCGACGAUUUAAUAGCGAAGAAACUAACACAACCCAUCUUCGUAACCUUCCUUGACACAGAUAAAAUCGAAUUCGUCAAAAGUAAGAGUGGAAUGUUUGGUUGGGGAUCGGACAGAAAGGAGAACAUCAAUGGACAUGAAUGCCAGGUGUGCAGUGCAGCAAACGUACAAAUUGUGACCCUACGCAGAACAGAGCACUUGACAGAGGAGAACCUGCGCGACAUUCAGGAGUCGCGUGCCAACAGCGGUAACGACUCCUCUGCAGUCAGCAACAAUCCUCUAACCAACCUUUUGGGUGGGCAGAACUUCGAGAAGUCGCGCCAUGUUCAAAUUACCAAUGAGGCGGCCAGCUACAAUCCGAGCAACAUCACAAUCGAAGAUUAUUUCUCUCACGACCCAGGCGCAAAGCCGAAGAGUGAGAUAGGUCGACCAAAAGUGAUGACUGCAAAGUUGAAGACUUACAAGGCGCAUCUAUGGUUGUGUGAGGACUAUCCAUUGUCGUUGAAGGAUCAGGUCCUCCCCAUCGUGGAGCUGAUGGCUGAGUAUAAUCCUUUUUUCCACAAGUUGGAGGAAUUUCUAACCAAAAAGCUACCUCAUGGGUUUCCCAUGCGUGUCGAAAUACCAUUGUAUCACAUUCUUAACGCCUGUGUGACCUUUGGCAACCUCUAUGGGGGCGAUGCGCCGGCUUACGGGGUAGUCUGCGACCGGACCGCAACUUCUUCCACAAACACGUCCGCUGAGCCUCUCGUCGGUGGCAGUGGCAACAGCAGUAACGUCGCCAACAAGAUUGAGCCUACCUCUUGCGUUGUAGAGGAUUGUGUCUUUGAUGUGGGCCGUGGCUACCACCUCAUUGAGGAGACCUCACCAGGCCACUUCGGCACAAUAGACGAAGAGGAACAACUUGUGCAGAUGGCAGUUCAACGAUCCCUUGUCGAGUAUGGCGGAGCGGAACACCUUACCCAACGUCAGUACUCUCUUGCCAAGCGAGGGGUUGUUGAAGCCCGUCCGGGCGAAUACGUGGAUCCCGAGGAGGCAAUGAUGCAAGAGGCAAUUGCGGAGAGCUUCCAACAGGACAGUGGACUUAAUGAUCUAGAGCAGCAGUACCUUAAGGCGCUUGAGUUGUCACGAGAAGAGGUGCUGCAAGAGGAAGAGCGGCGCAAGCGAGAGGAGGAGGAAUUGGAGCGUGUGCUAAAACUAUCGUUGGUGGAAAAUUAG